GACGACGACGAGCCGGAUGACUGGGACAAGCGGAUAUUCUCGACGGGCUGCGCGGUCGAGAACGCCAGGAUGACCGACUGCUACUACGAGACGAAGGACUGGCGCGCGUGCAAGAAGGAGAUGGAGGCGUUUAGGGAGUGUUGGAAGCGGCGGGGCAACGAUCGCAGGACCGAGUCCAAGGAUGUUUAA